AUGGUGCAGAAAUCUCUCAACGGCGGGGUUUACCCAACUCAAGCCGGAGAGAAGAAGCACAAAGUCGGAUUUGUUGGUUUGGACCCCGGGGCUCCUGAAUCCAGCAGGGAUGGGGCGCUGCUCAUUGCGGGCUCGGAAAGCACCAAGCGGAGCAGCAUCCUCUGCAGACCGAGGUCCAGCAUCUCCGCCGGGAGACCCAGACCAUCAAAGAAAAAUGCCAGCUAUCGGAAACUACAAAAUUUCCUCUACAAUGCACUGGAAAGACCGCGGGGAUGGGCGUUCGUCUACCACGCUUAUGUCUUCCUCUUGGUCUUCUCCUGUCUCAUACUCUCAGUCUUUGCCACCAUCAGAGAGUUCAAAAAUAGCUCAGAGAGUGCCUUGUACAUCCUGGAAAUCGUGACCAUCGUUGUCUUUGGAGUGGAGUACAUAGUGAGGAUAUGGUCUGCUGGCUGCUGCUGCCGAUACAGAGGAUGGAGGGGGAGGUUGAAAUUUGCCAGAAAACCUUUCUGUGUAAUAGACAUUAUGGUGCUGAUUGCCUCAGUGUCAGUGCUGGCGGCUGGAUCCCAGGGCAAUGUGUUUGCCACCUCGGCCAUCAGGAGUUUGAGGUUCCUUCAGAUCCUCCGCAUGCUGCGUAUGGACCGCCGUGGAGGCACCUGGAAGCUGCUUGGAUCUGUAGUCUAUGCCCACAGCAAGGAGCUCAUCACUGCGUGGUACAUAGGCUUCCUGUGCCUCAUCCUAGCUUCCUUCCUGGUCUACUCCGUGGAAAAGGACUUAAACAAUGAAUUUGAGACGUAUGCUGAUGCUCUUUGGUGGGGGCUGAUCACUCUGACAACUAUUGGCUAUGGUGACAAGGUUCCCAAGACCUGGAAUGGACGCUUGCUGGCUGCCACAUUCAGCAUGAUCGGAGUGGCCUUCUUCGCACUUCCUGCUGGCAUCCUGGGCUCUGGCUUUGCCUUGAAGGUCCAGGAGCAGCACCGGCAGAAACACUUUGAGAAGAGGCGCAACCCUGCAGCAGGCCUCAUCCAGGCCGCUUGGAGGUUUUAUGCCACCAACCUCUCCCGAACAGAUCUGCUGUGCACUUGGGAGUUUUAUGAGCAGACAGUAUCUGUUCCAAUGUACAGACUUAUUCCACCCCUGAAUCAGCUGGAUCUGCUGAGGAAUCUGAAGGGAAAGUCAUUCAGGAAGGAGUCUCAGACAGAAACCUCUCCCAGUAAUGAAAAUGCACACAAAGACAGACUUUGUGGGUGCUGUCCAAGAACUAUUAGCCGGAAGGCCAGUUUGAAGGACAAGGUGUUCCCCAGUCCUUCCAAGGCUCCUGGGACCAAGGGGAGGGCGCAGUCUCCCGGGGCGGAGGACGGGGCUGAGGGAAGCCCCAGCAAGGUCACCAAGAGCUGGAGCUUCACUGAGAAGAACCGAGGGCCCAAACACGCCUUCCGAGUCCGAGGCAGCACCUCGCGCCAAAACUCAGAGGCAAUUGAAGGUUUAAUAAAGGCGAGCCUCCCAGGAGAGGACAUUGGUGAUGAUAAGAGUUGCCACUGUGAGUUUCUCACUCAAGAAUUAUCGCCAGGCUUGAAGGUCACAAUAAGGGCAAUCUGCAUCAUGAAGUUUCUGGUGUCAAAGAGGAGGUUCAAAGAGAGCCUGCGACCUUACGAUGUGAUGGAUGUGAUUGAGCAGUACUCAGCGGGCCACUUAGACAUGCUGUCUCGCAUCAAGAACCUGCAGACCAGGAUAGAUAUGAUUGUGGGGCCUCCUCCCCCAUCAACACCUCGCCAUAAGAAGUCCACUGAAGGUCCUAGAGUUGACCAGAUAGUUGGUAAGGGUCCUAAAGCUGAAGGAGAGACUGUUGAGGACCAGAGCAUGAUGGGCCGUCUGGUGAAAGUGGAAAAACAGGUGAGCUGCAUGGACAGGAAACUUGAUUUCCUGGUCAAUGUGUACGUGCAGCGCAUGGGCAUCCCUCGUUCUGAGACAGAGGCCUUCUUCAAUUCAAAAGAGCCUUAUCCCGCUCCACCCUACCACAGCCCAGAGGAAAGCAAGGAUGAGAAGAUGGGGAAAGAAGAGGUGAAAGAAGAGAAGGAGGUGAAGACAUGUUCGGCUGCAGAAGUUGCGUGCUCAGAGGGGUCUCUGGAAAAGAAGGAUCCUUUACUGGGUCAGUCUUUGGCUGGAUCAGUGGGUACUCCCUCUGGCAGCCAUGGCCGGCCCUCCACCUCCUGGCAGCACCAGCUGCAGCACCCCCUCAGCCAACCUGCCUGGAACAGCAGUGUGGCCAACACCCCCUCACCUGUUGGGGGCAGCGGUGACCAUUCCCCCACACUGUUCCGCCUACCACCUCCGCCUGCUCCGGUGCACGACCGAUCCUCCUCCGGGCCGGGCGGCAGCGGUCGAGACAGCGGGUCCCAGAGCAGGAGACGCCACAGGAGGCAGAGGUGUCAGCAGGAGGUGACCGCCGUCGAGAGCGACACGUCCCUCUCCAUCCCGUCUGUCGACCACGAGGAGCUGGAGCGCUCCUUCAGCGGCUUCAGCAUCUCCCAGGCUAAGGAGGACUUCUUUGGGCCCUCUUUCUUCACAGGCUCCGGAGGGGGAACUGCAGCAGGGACUGAAGCUGGAGCUGGACAUUCACUCUGUGCCAGGGUCAGACCCUUCAUAGCCGAGGGCGAAUCAGACACAGACUCUGACCUCUACGCCCCCUCACCUCUGUCUUUCACCGGAGAAGCUUCUUCUGGAGAGAGGGGAUGGCCAGGACUGAAAUAGGCCCAGAGUGGCUGCUCUACCUGGCAAAGAGGCUCGUUGUGAAAGAAGUUGGUGGUUGGAUUGCCAAUACAUCAAGCUGAGACCAUGUAGCCAAACUGAGUCCCUGAUGUUGCUGAUAAAUCUAUUAGAUAAUUCAGACUAUUUUAAAUUAAAGGACAAUUUUGGUAUUUUUAAAGUUAGGCUGUACUUCUGACCCUGUACCAUGUUGUGUACUGGUAAACACAGCAAUGUCCCUGAUGUCCCCUGCAGUGCCCCUGAUGGAGAAACGUAAUGCUAUAACUUGGGUUCCAGCUGAACUAUGUGGGGCAGUUCAGCCAAUUGCGAGGCAUUGCUGAAAAACACCCUAAAAUGUCCUUUUUAGAUUCAAAACGUUCACGUCUUCUGUCCAUUAGUCCUGCUGCUAGAGGCCAUGUUUCCUCGUCUCAUCUGUCCUUGCUCUGUCCCCGCCCAGCUCUUGCUGUUCCAAAUUGUUGUAACGUCAUUCAUUUAUCAUCAAUAAGGCUGUCCAAGAAA